AAUAAUUCUGUGAAAACUGUUAAAAAAAGGAUUAUAUAAAGUUUGAAACAAAAAAAUGUCUAUACGAUUAUUUGAGGGCCGAAAACAUGCCAAUCUUUAUGUUAAAUAUAGAGCUACGGUUCCCGACAGUGUUAUCAAACGGGUAUUGGAUUACCUGGGUCAUAAAAUAGACAGUACUGACUGGAACAAUGCUGUAGAUGUAGGUUGCGGUUCGGGUCAGGCAACCAAUCGUAUUGCUCAGUAUUUCAAACACUGUUACGGUUUGGAUGUUAGUCCGGCUCAGAUUAAAAUGGCAAAAGAGGCCAUAUAUCCACAUAAUAUUAGUUAUGAGGUUAGUCCAGCAGAAAAUAUGCCAUCAAUUCCCACAAAUAGCAUACAAUUGGUGACCGCUGUCCAAGCGGUUCAUUGGUUUGACUUUGAAAAAUUUAUGAUAGAAAUGUCGCGCGUAUUGGUCACCAAUGGAGUGGUCGCUAUCAUUGGUUUUUCAUAUCCCGACACAAGAGAUCCUCGUAAUACAGAUGACGAGCGCAUUACUCAUAUGAUUAAUGAACUAUUGUUUUCUGACCAACGGCUGAUCCCUUAUCGUAAUCCCCAUCACAUCCGUAAUCUACAGACAACAUUACACGAAAAUCUUUACCGAAAUUUACAAUUUCCGGACAAUUACGAGAUUCAAUAUAUAGAUGACAUUAAAAUGUCGACAACAGUACCGGCACAGCAUGUUGUCGGCCGAUUUGAGUCGUCCUCUCAAUACCAGACAAUCGUCAAGAAUGAUCCAAAUACUGCACAACAGAUAUUACAACAAUUAAGACAUAAAUUACAGGAAAUACUGGAAAUAAAUGAUUUAUCGAAUAUACAAGUGAUUAACAAUUAUCACUGUUUUAUAGCAUUGGCCCGUAAACUAUCAAAUUAA